UUGCUUUCGAGGCAUGCCACAAACAUUUUAAAAUCAGUAAGUUUCAAGCAUAUUUUUUUUAUUGGAUAUUGUUUUGAUAGUCUGGGAAGCGUUUUAAAGAACGCGCGGCCCGCAAAAUUCAAAAUUGUUUGAUUGUUUUGCUUGGAUUUUGGAAUAUUCGCAAAGAUGCUGUCCAAGUGGUCUGCUAUCUUGGCCCAAAGGCCCGAGAAGCGAUACCUGCUGCGCCAAGCCCUUUUGUUUGCCCAGCAGGGUAAUAGGGUCAAGCUUCACCACUGUUGUGGUGAGAAAAAAACUGUUCCCUCGCGUUCGGAACAUAUAACUGCUAUGAAGACCGACAAAUAUGAUGUGUUAGUGAUUGGCGGUGGUGCUGUGGGUUGCGGAGUGGCCGUGGAUGCCGCCUGUCGAGGCUUGAAAACCGCUUUGAUCGAGGCGGAUGACUUUGCCAGUGGGUCCAGUUCGCGAACCACCAAACUGAUCGACGGCAGUGGUUCAUAUCUGGGCACUGCCCUUCGGGAAAAGGACAUCGAGCAGCUGUACAUCAUGCUGCAGAUGAUGAGUGAGCGAGUGACCAUGCUGAAGAACGCUCCCCACCUGAAUCGCAUUCAGCCCAUGAUUAUUCCCGUUUACAGUGUGCUGGGCAUGCCUUGCACCUGGCUUAAACUGAAGAUGUACGACUUAAUAUCCGCCGCUUCGAAUGUGCGUGGCUCGCACUUCCUUUCCAAAGAAUCCACCCUGUAUGAGUUUCCCCUCCUGAAGACAGAGGGCCUCCGAGGCGGAGUGGUCUACUACGAUGGCCAAGUGGACGAUGCCCGGAUGUGUCUCGCCUUGGUGAUGACCGCCGUCGCUCUGGGCGCCAAUGUGGGCAACCACAUGGAGCUGGUGGACAUGAUUCCCCAGGAGGGAUGCUGUCGGGUGGUGGGUGUCAAGGACAAGAUCUCGGAGGAGGAGUUCUACAUCCAAGCGAAGUCGGUGAUCAAUGCCACGGGCACCGGCACGGAUGCCAUUCGGAAGAUGGACAAGGAGGGCACUGCUCCCAUUUUGAUGCCCACCCUGGGAACCCAUGUCUCAUUGCCCCGAUACUUUGGUUCCGGUCACUACGGCUUGUUGAGUCCUGCCCUGAAAAAGGAGGAUCCCACCAUUGUUAUGGUGCCGUUUGAGAACCACACGGUUCUGGGCAUUCGCGAGUCGGAACUGGAUGAAGUGGCGGGCAUUGGAAGUCCCACUCCAGAUCCGGAUGAUGUGGACUGCCUGCUGGAAGCAGCGAAGGAAAGACUGAGUCCCUGUGUGGAGUUGGGACGCUGCCAUGUUCUCAGCGCCUGGACGGGCAUAAAGCCCAAUGUUAGUUGUCCCACCGAUAAGGAUGAGGACGAGGACGACAACCGGGGUGCUCCCAUCAGCAGCUACAUGAUCGAAGUGAGUGGAAGUGGCCUGAUCACUUUGGCUGGAGGACGUUGGAGUAGCUAUCGCGUGAUGGCCGCCGAUGCCGUUGAUUUGGCGAUCCAAUCCUGUGGACUCUGCGACGACCACGUGACCUCCAGUUGGACUCAGGACCUGAAGCUCGAUGGUGCCGAAUAUUGGUGUUGCAUGCUGCCACUGGAAUUUGUGCAGGACUACGAUGUGCCCAUGGAUGUGGCGCAACACAUCUCCGAUUCCUAUGGCUACAAUGGCCACGCUUUGUUCUCCGGUGCUCCGGAACUCAAGAAGCGUCUGCAUCCCAACUUUCCCUACAUCGAAGCGGAGAUUGUCUAUGCGGUGAAGAACGAGUAUGCCUGCACCUUGGUGGACAUCAUCGCUCGGCGACUGCGGAUUGCCUUUGUGGAUGCAGCUGCCACGUUGCACAUGUUGCCCAAGAUCCUGAAGAUCAUGGCCAAGGAGACAGAAUGGAGCGAAGAUGAGCAGAAGGAGCAGAUGCAGGCUGCCCAGGAGUUCCUCGUUCGCCAAAUGGGACUGGGUUCCAUCAUCAAGCCCAGAAGUGUCGGCCAGAGUAAGACAAAGAAGAAGUCAACCACGGCAUCUUGUUGCUGCCGAGCAGCAGCUCGAAAGGAGGCCAGAAGCUACUCGAAGGCUCCUCUACCUCUACCAAUAGAGGUCACAAAUGAGGACAGCUCCAAACCUCUCAGCACCCAGAGUUCCAGCAAAGACUUAUUCACAUCGGGUAUAACUCAUAACUCGGUAGUGGAAUGUGUUAAGCACGAUGAAUCGAGGUCUAUUCCCACUGAAUGGUCGGAUAAAAAGCGGGAACUUAUUAUGACCACUUGGCGCAACAAAUUUAUGUGCUGACUUUUUUUCAAAUUAUGUGAAAGUUUGAUUUCAAAUUCAAUUAAGUUAAAUGAAAAAUACCUCAAUUUUAAAUAAUAAAAAUUAAAAAUAUUUGUCACC